UUCUCCCAAUGAUAUUACUGCUAGCGAUAUUUCAGAAAUUACUGAUGCAUUAAAUGAUAUAGAUAUAACAAGUAUUGAAGUUUAUGAAAUUCUAAAAGCGUUACCAUCAAAAAACAGCGCAAGCCCAGAUGGCAUAAAUUAUGUUAUGCUAAAAAAUAUUUGCAUUAUUUUGGCCCCUUAUUUAUCUGAAUUAUUUAGAGUUUCUUUGGAUGAAGGCAUUAUACCACACAAUUGGAAAAAAUCAAUAGUUAUUCCUAUUUUCAAAAAAGGCGAAAAAUCUAAUCCGUUAAACUAUCGUCCAAUUUCACUUACUUGCUGUAUCUGCAGAAUCAUGGAAAAAAUAAUUGUAAAAAAUAUAGUAAAUUUUUUAGAUAAUAAAAAGUUUUUUAGUUCGGAUCAAUUUGGAUUUAUUCGAAGAAGAUCCACUACACUUCAGCUAGUAAGUAGUUUGGAGGAUUGGUACGAAGCCUUAUUUGAGAAAAAGAAUAUAGAUUGUAUUUAUAUUGAUUUUUGUAAAGCUUUCGAUAGUGUUCCUCACAAAUUCCUUCUUGACAAAUUAUAUGCUUGUGGAAUUAGGGGAAAACUACAUAGGUGGAUUAGGGAAUUUUUAUCAGAUAGAACAUAUCAAGUAAAAAUUAAUGAUGUUUUAUCAAACCCAUAUGGAAUUACCACGGGUGUUCCCCAAGGAUCGAUUAUUGGCCCAUUGAUGUUUCUAAUCUAUAUAAAUGACUUAUCCGACGUUAUUCCAAAUGGAGUCAAAAUUAAACUAUUUGCUGAUGACGUUAAAAUUUAUAAAGUUUAUAAGACUAAAAAUGAAAGACUAGAACUAGCAGUUACCCUUAAAAAUGUCGAAGAAUGGUCAAAAAAAUGGAAUUUAGAUAUAUCUGUUAAUAAGACAUUCGUACUUCAUUUGGGUAAAAAUAACCCAAGGGAUCAAUAUAAGAUUUUUAAUAAUACGAUAAAUGAAGUUCAAUCUAUUCGUGACCUUGGAAUAAUCAUAGACGACAAGCUUAGGUUUAAAGAACACAUUAAUAUAAUUAUUCGCAACGCGUAUCUAAGGAUGAAAACAAUAUUUAGAAUUAUAAAGUCAAGAAAAACAUCAACUUGGAUACUGAUAUAUAAGAGUUAUAUUAGGCCUAUGCUUGAAUACGCACCCGAAACUUGGAACACUCCUUACAAAACAGAAAUUAAUUCUCUUGAAAAAUGCCAAAAAUUUUUUACUAAAAUAAUCUUUAAAAAAUGUAAUUUACCUGAACUACCCUAUGAGAAUAGACUGGAAUAUCUCAACCUUCAAACACUUGAGAAUAGACGAAAAAUUUUUGAUUUAAUGCUUAUGUACAAAAUAGUUAAUGGUUAUUCUCACUUAGGACUUGAAACACUCUUUUCUCAUCCUAUUAGAAAAUCUAGCCAUUCCUCUCAUAGAAUUAUUUCAAAAAAACAAAAUUCUAAAAGUUCUAGAUCAUUUAUAAAUAGAACAACUAAGAUGUGGAAUAUACUAGGUAAAAAUACUAUUUUAAGUAAAUCACCAUUAGAUUUUAAAAAUAAGCUUAAGUCAAUACUUAUUGUAUAAAUAAACUGAAUGUUCUUAAAAAAAUUAAUUAAACUCAUCCAGUCUAUCAAAAUACAAAGCUAAAAACUGUAUUUUUCGUUUAAAUCGGCUUUGCGUCUAAGUGGCCAAAUUAAGUUGCCUUAUUUUUCAAGUAGGCUUGCGUCUAAAUGGUCAAUUAAUUUAUUUUUAUUUUCGCGUCUAAAUGGUCAAAUUAAUUCAUUUUUAUUUCCCGUCUAAAUGUUCAAAUUAAUUUAUUAUUUUUUGCCUCUAAGUGGGCUUGGCGUCAAAGUGGCCUAAUCGAUUUAUUCCUUAUGCUGUUGUCUGUACUUUUUAUACUUAAGCAUUUCUUAGUUACUUGCAUGCCUGGUGUUAAACGUAACGCAGUUCACUUCUCACCAGUGCAAUUUUACAAUUAACUUAGUUGUGUAUCUGUGUAUCAAUAUCC